AUGAGUUUAACUCAAGGAGGUUCCAAUAAUGCUUCAAAUUCAGAUCCACAGCAAGCUAGAUUGGAGGAAUUAAUGCAGCAAAUUCUUCAGCAACAACAAAAUCAAGAAAGGCAGAUUGGGCAAUUGGCUUCUAGCAUUAAUCAAAUUCAAGCUCAGGGAUCGAGUCAAUUGCCAUCUCAAACAAUUCCGAAUCCUAAAGGGAACGUUAGUGCAUUAACUUUAAGGAGUGGGAGAAAAAUUUCAGAAUCUUCAAGAGGAAGAGCUGCUGCUGAAAAUUUUUCAGAAAUCCAGCCAUCCAGUUUCAGCAAUGAAGAACUUCCAGAAGUGCAGAAUGUGCCAGUUUCAAGUUCUAAUCCAAUUCACAUUGAUCCAUACGGUUUGGAACAUUCACAAGGAGGUGGAAAUCUGAUGCCAGAUUUUUCCAGCAACUCUUGUCCAGCUGAACAUUUUCCAGCAGCAACUCCAGAAAGCAGCAAAUCUGGAAAUGCAGGAUUUCAGAAUUCAGAGCAGAGCAUUCCAUUGCCUUUCCCUCAACGCAAAGUUCAACCAAGGAAGAAUGUAGAGGAGGAAAAAGCAAAGGAAUUCCAAGAGCUUGUGGAUGUAUUCAGCAAGGUGGAAGUAAAUGUUCCGUUACUCACAAUGAUCAAGCAAAUUCCAAAAUAUGCAAAAUUUUUGAAGGAUCUUUGUGUGCACAAGAAGAAAUUGAAGGGGAAUGAGUUAAUUAGCAUGGGAAAGAAUGUGUCUGCACUUCUUCAAACAGUUCCUCAGAAAUGCGAAGAUCCUGGAGUUUUUACGGUUCCUUGUGAGAUUGGGAGUAAUCUAUUUAAAGAUGCCAUGCUGGAUUUGGGAGCUUCAAUUAAUGUGAUGCCAAAAUCAGUUUUUCAAACUUUAGGCAUUGGACCAUUACAACCUACAGGAGUAGUCAUUCAGUUAGCUGACCGCAGUCAGACUCACCCAGCUGGAGUUAUUGAAGAUGUAUUGGUGAAAGUGAGAGAACUUAUCUUUCCUGCAGACUUUUAUAUCCUUGACAUGGAGGGAGACUAUCUGGCCAAUAGAUCUCCACUCAUUCUAGGACGACCAUUUUUGAAGACUGCAAGGACCAAGAUUGAUGUUCAUGCGGGCACACUUUCUAUGGAGAUAGGAGACACAGUGGUCCAAUUCAGUAUUUUUGACGCUAUGAAACAUCCUAGAGAGGAUCAUUCAAUUCUUAGUUUGGAUAUUUCAGAGGAGCUGGAUAUUGGAGAUUUCUUUUCAGUGAUUGAUUCAGAUUCAGAAGUUGCAGAGGGUGGUAUAGGUGAUUUUUUGUUUUCAGAAGAGGAGGAUAUUUCAGCCUUGGGUGUGGAUGAUGAGUCUUGUGGAGUAUAUCCGAGUGAGAGAAAUAAUUUAUGCGCAGGGGAUUGCUUAGGAGAAGCUCUAUCCCUAGGAUCGCCCAGAGAAGAGAAAUUAUGCGUAGGGGAUUGCUUAGGAGAAGCAUUACCCCUAGGAUCGCUUUCAGUUGACCAGACACAAGAUGAGUUGAAGCCAUUGCCGCCACACUUGAAGUAUGCUUAUUUAGGAGAGAACCAGCAGCUACCUGUCAUCAUUGCUCAGAAUCUAGAACCAGAACAAGAAAGCAGAUUAUUAGAGAUUUUGAGGCAGCACAAGAAGGCCAUUGGAUGGACUUUAGCAGAUAUUCCUGGUAUCAGUCCUUCUAUUUGCAUGCACAGGAUUUAUUUGGAGGAGGAUGUGAAAUCAGUGAGACAGCCCCAGAGGAGACUUAACCCACUGAUCCUUGAUGUAGUAAAGAAAGAGGUGACUAGACUUCUACAGGCAGGUAUCAUUUACCCUAUUUCUGACAGUAAGUGGGUAAGUCCCAUCCAUGUGGUUCCAAAGAAAUCAGGGGUGACAGUUGUGACUAAUGAAGAGAAUGAGUUAGUGCCCACCAGAGUGAAAAAUUCUUGGAGAGUUUGUGUGGAUUAUAGGAAGUUGAACCAAGCAAGUAGAAAGGACCACUACCCCCUACCUUUUAUUGACCAGAUGUUGGAAAGACUAGCGGGGAAAUCGCAUUAUUGCUUCCUAGAUGGAUACACUGGAUAUUUUCAGAUUUGCAUCAAUCCAGAGGAUCAGGAGAAGACCACCUUCACUUGCCCUUUCGGUACAUUUGCCUACAGACGGAUGCCAUUUGGAUUAUGCAACGCUCCAGGAACUUUUCAGCGAUGCAUGGUAAGUAUUUUUGGUGAUUUAUUAGAGCACUGCAUGGAGGUUUUCAUGGAUGAUUUUUCUGUAUAUGGUUCAUCAUUUGAUGCAUGUCUAGAAAAUUUGUCUAGGGUUUUAGAUAGAUGCAUUGAGACUGACUUGGUACUUAAUUUUGAAAAAUGUCAUUUUAUGGUUGAGCAUGGUAUUGUUUUAGGACACAUAGUCUCUAAGAGAGGUAUUGAGGUAGAUCCUGCUAAAGUUAGCGCUAUAUCUUCUUUAUCUUACCCCGCAUGCGUGCGGGAUGUUCGAGCUUUUCUUGGCCAUGCAGGAUUCUACAGGAGAUUUAUUAGGGACUUCAGUAAGAUUGCUCUUCCACUGUCUCAGUUGCUUCAAAAAGAUGUGGAGUUUCAGUUUGAUCAGAGGUGUAAGGAAGCUUUUCAGAGAUUGAAGGAGGCUUUAAUUUCUGUACCUAUCAUUAGACCACCAGAUUGGGCUUUACCCUUUGAGUUGAUGUGUGAUGCUUCGAAUUUUGCCAUUGGGGCGGUACUUGCACAGAGAGUAGAGAGAGCACCACAUGUGAUCUGUUAUGCAUCGAAGACCUUAGAUUCGGCUCAAGCAAAUUACACCACGACAGAAAAAGAGCUUCUUUCCAUUGUUUUUGCUUUAGAUAAAUUUCGAUCAUAUUUACUUUGUUCUCACGUGGUUGUAUUUUCUGAUCAUGCAGCAUUGAAGUUUCUCCUCAAGAAGCCAGAUGCUAAGCCCAGAUUGAUUAGAUGGAUGCUUCUCCUCCAGGAGUUUGAUUUGGAGAUUCGUGAUAGGAGUGGGAAGGAGAACUUGGUUGCAGAUCAUUUGAGCAGAAUUGAAGGGGAUUUGGACCAUACGGCUAUUGAUGAUGACUUUAGAGAUGAGCAACUCUUCAGGGUGCAUGGAAUAGGCUCAUUGGACUACAAGAAUUUGGAUUGGGCCCGAUCCAUUAAAUGGAGCUUUCCUCUUGAGCUAACCCAUGUCAAACCUUAUCAUCAAAUCCCUAAUUUUCCUCCUAAACUAAGCCCUAAACCAAAUGCAAAUCCCGGUUCAAACCUUGGUAUAAAACCCAAAAAGAAUCGCGGAUGAACAGUGGCUGCGUCUACUGUUCAUCGUGCCAACGGCGAUUUCCUCUCCGUGAGCGCGCGCGCAAGCCCCCGAUUCCAGUGAUAAUCUCAUCUUGAGUUCCAGAUCCAUAGAGGAAGAUGCAAGGAAGCUGCUGAUCUAUUUCCUGAAGCUGGAGGCUUGCCAAAGAGGUCUCGACGGCAAGCUUUGCUGCGAUUCAAAUCUUCAUUUCCGCCCCUGUUCGAACGGUGUUGACAGCAGGAGAUCAUCAGCCAUCAUCGGGAAGAGUUAGAGAGGUCUCUCUAGUGUUUACCGACUUGAUUCCAGCCGCAAUCAUCGAUCCAUCAGCAAGCAACAGCUGCUCACAGAUUUGAAUCACAGAUCCAGAUUUCAACAAUUUCGCACAGAUCUGAACUUGUGUUCUUCCAGAGAGGUUUCUUUGGCUAGGAUCAGCGGGUUUUGGAUCUGAACUCGGAUCAGCUACGUUCCCUUUUCUGCUUUUCUGGAUUUCGCAUUUGAGGUUUCAAGUGAGGACUCUUGUGUGACGACAAGAGUUGUGAUUCAAGAAUUGGUUGUGAUUGGAAUUGGUUUAGUUUUAAUCCUGCAUUUCAUUACUGUUCUUAGCUACAUCUAGAUUUCGUUGAUAGCACAGUUUAUUGCAUAGAUUAGUUUCUUUCCAGAAUUUUGCUUUCGAUCCCUGUUCUGUAAUGCAGAAAUACCAUCAAGUUUCUGAUAGUGUAAUCAGUUUUCAAUCUUUGAA